CAUGUACAACACAAGUCGUUCACCUAUCGCUCUUCUAGACUCAAACGCAUGGUACUUCCUCUUUCGUUUUCAUGCAGAUGAGGUGUCUCAAACGCCUACGCUCCCACCUAGCACUAUCGAAAUGGCGACCUUCGACGUUGAGAAAGCCCGAUCCCAGUUCCCCGCACUCAAAGGCGGCUACAUCUUCGCCGACAACGCAGGUGGUUCCCAGGCCGCGCACAGCGUCAUCGAGCGCCUGACGGACUACCUCUCGAACACGAACGUGCAGCUCGGCGCGGACUACUCCGUCUCGGUGCAGAGUACGACGCGGGCGGUGGUCGACGCGCCGAGGGAGGCGGCGAGGCUGAUGAACGCAGCGAGCCCGGAUGAGAUCGUGUUUGGGAUGAGCUCGACGAUGAAUUUGGAGAAUGUGGCGAGGUCGUUAGAUGAUGAUGUGAAGGAGGGGGAUGAGUUCAUACUUACGGAGGAACAUGAAGCGAACGUUGGUCCGUGGAAGAAGCUCGCAGCACGCAAAGGUGCUGUGCUCAAGUACUGGAGGCCCGUCGCGACCGACCCAGAGAACCCCUACUCAAUCAAGCUCCGGACCGAGGACCUCCUUCCCCUGAUCACGGCGAAAACGCGGAUUGUUGCGUUCACGGCGUGCUCGAACAUCCUUGGGUCUAUCGUCCCCGUCAAAGAGGUCGUCAAAGCCAUUAGAGAAGAGGCGAAGACCAAAGGCUCUCCCAAGGUUGAGAUUUCAGUCGACUGUGUCGCGUACGCCCCACACCGCCUGAUCGAUGUGCAAGACUGGGACGUGGACAUCGCGGUGUUCUCAUUCUACAAGGUAUACGGACCGCACAUCUCCGCGAUGUACGUCCGCGCCUCCGUCCUCCAAGGCUCCGUCGCCUCCAUCGCACACCACUUCCUCAAAGUCAACAAUGUUGGGUACAAGCUCAUGCCGGGCGGGCCGGGGUACGAGAUUGCCUACGCCACCACGGGCGUCAUACCCUACCUCCUCUCCCUAACGCCCGCGAACGACCUCAAGACGACCUUCGACGCUAUCGCGCAACACGAGCAGACGCUGAUCGAACCUCUGAUGGCGUUCUUGACGGACAAGAAGAGGAAGGAAAGGGGCGUGAGGAUCGUCGGGCAGGAGAAGACGGGCUUGGAGAGGGUGCCGACGGUCAGCUUUGUGGUGGUUGGACAGAGGCCGCUGAAGAGUCGCGAGAUCGUCGCUGCGUUUGAUAAGAAGGGUGGGAUUGGCAUUCGAUUUGGGCACUUCUAUGCGUACACCCUCAUCGAUAACCUCUCGCCCAAAGUGGACAUAGAUGACGCCGUUGUCCGUAUUUCACUGGUGCACUACAACACGGUAGAAGAGGUACAGAAGAUCAUCGCCAUACUAAAGGAAGUCCUGGCAUG